UGAAUUCAGCCUUGUGGGGACCCCAUGCAGAGCCUCCUGUAAUUAUACGAAAAUAAACAAAGAAAGAAUCCCACACAAUGGAAUACCGUAUGUGAGAGGUGAGAACAGAGUAACCAUGACGACCCAGUGGGACUGUGAGCGGAAGGGGCACAGAUGGGCCAAUGACGGGUUCAGGCUGUACAGCGAGUGUCACGGAGCCGAGGAGUUCAAACAGAAGAUGGCCGAUCUGUUCUCGAACGAGCACACCGUUGGGUUCGGCUCGAGGGUGAAGCUAAGCUGGGACAAGUCUCUGGCCAAGAUGUCCGUCAUGGGGGCCAGCGUGACGCAGGGGAAGCGGCUUCAUCCGUGCGCUGUGGGGGCGGUUGGCACGGUGAGCGUGGUGGGCAACCCUCAGUUCCCGCCGCACGACUUUUUUAGACCGGGGCGGGUGUUCCCGCUGCGCCUGCGGCACUCCAACUACACACAGACCGACGACGCCGCGUCAGACAUCCGCUCCGUCGCGAUCAAGUUCCUCGACGGCGACGAAGGAGGUCCACUGGACCUGGUGAUGAACACAGGCGCCAUCUCUCCCUACUGGGACGUGCAGGGCGCCGUGGACUUCCUCGCCGCCAUGCGGUCUGCCCCGGCACUGCAGAACUUCUGCGCGGAACAUCCAGUCAGACACUACUCUCUGAUCGACUCGCUUCGCCGCGCGCCCAACUCCUACACGGACCUGACGUACUACUCCCAGCACGUCUUCCGCUUCAUGGCGAAGGACGGCGAGCGGCGCUACGUCAAGUACCGCCUCAUACCUGACGUCGACGUACACGAGACGGGGCUGCUGGACAGGAACGAGCAGCCAAAACCAUGGUAA